AUGUCACCCAAGCCUGUCGACGAACCGUUUGUGAAGGCGCUACCAAAGAUCGAGCUGCACGCUCACCUCAGUGGCAGCAUAAGCCGCCAAUGUCUGCAUGAGAUAUGGCUUCAAAAGAAGCAGAAAGACCCAGAAUUCCCGGUAGAGGAUCCGCUAGUGCUGAUGCCACCUGGAAAGGUUGACUAUACCCUUGAAACAUUCUUCUCAACAUUUUCCAAAUUGACCUACCAGCUCUGCAAUGACUUAGAGAGCUUGGUAUAUGCAACUCGCUCUGUUCUCGAAGAUUUCCUCAACGAUGGAGUUGUCUACCUUGAGCUGCGGACUAUCCCCCGAGCCUCCCCCGGUAUCAGUCGGGAGCAAUACGUCGAAACAGUGCUUGGAACUAUUGAAGCUUUCAGAAGCAAAAACUCAGGGAUGGCUGUACUUUUGAUUCUUGCCAUCGAUCGAGGCAACAUGUCCGCCGUAGAGGCAGACGAAAUCAUGAACCUUGCGAUCGAAAAUAAGCCACGAGGCGUUGUCGGCGUGGAUAUCUGCGGAAAUCCAACACGAGGCGAUGUCAGCAUCUUCAAAGACUCUUUCUCCAAAGCCAAGAUGAAUGAUUUGGGAAUUACUCUGCACUUUGGCGAAACUGCUGCGUCCGGCUCGCCCAGUGAGCUGGAAACGCUGCUUUCGUUUCAACCUGAUCGGAUUGGACAUGUGAUCCAUGUGCCAGAAGAUAUCAAGAAAGAGAUUGUGAGGCGCAAACUUGGCUUGGAGUUGUGCAUGUCGUGCAACGUUCAUGCCAAAAUGAUCAACGGGGGAUUCCUGGACCAUCAUUUCGGGUACUGGCGACAUGAAGACUGUCCUGUCAUACUCUGUACCGAUGACGUGGGGUUCUUCUGUAGCCUGGUGUCAAACGAACAUCUCUUGGCAGCGCAUCAUUUCGACUUGAGUCGGGGGGAUCUUUUGGCUAUGACGUUCAAAGCGGUGGAUGCGAUAUUUUCUGGCCAGGAGCAUCGAGAUAAAAUUCGUCGGGAUCUUGCUCUUUUUGCCAGUCGAUGGGAAGUUGAGAGCUCGGUGGAUUUUGAGCCCUUUCAAUACUUCUACUUUAGCAUAGUGGGGUACACGUUAUACCCGAUUAGGAUUCCCGCGCGCUGCUUUGAGCCGCAGAUGAGAUCACCGUGUCUUAGCGGUCAACUUCUGAGUCAAUUCUUUCAACUAUUUAACCCUCCAAGUUGUCCUGGUCUCUUUCUUGUCCAUUCAACUUUCACUUGGGAAUUGCAGGAUUCCAUCAUGUCUUCCGGAGCCUUGCCGCAGACUCUCAAGUCCAUUACCGCCACCAAAAUAAACGAACUUUCCAAACAACGCGUCAUCUUCGAUCAACACAAAAGCGAGAUUCUUGCUGCUUCCAAGGCAGCCAAAGACUUAGGGUCUCGUGCCCAGAUAUUACUCGAUGGGAUCUCACACCUAAAGGGAUAUCCCAAGGACAGUCUCGACAUAGAUGACGACGAUCUUGACGCAGAGUCCGAGACAGACUCAGACAUUUCAUCAUCGGAGCCAGGUGCAGGACGACUGCAGCGAGCGGAUCAUGCAAAUAUCCGACGCUUCCUCUUGCAAAGCCGAUAUGAUUCCUCCAUCUCACAGGAAUCAAUCCAGUCACGGAUCUCUUUGCUUGAGAAGGAUCUGCGGUACCUCGAAAUCAAACAUGAGCAUGGCGCUUUCUACAGCAAAUUAGUCACCGAGUGGCUAUCGGAGUUGGAUGGCAACACUGCCUCCACUGCGGAUGAAUCCGAGACAAGCCAAUCCACAUCUGACUCGGGCUUUGAACCUGUCGGCCGAACAGAGAUGCAUGAACAACGCGCAACCUGGGAGUCCCUUGUUUUCAAUCCCGCCACUCAUGUCAAAGAAGAUGUUAUCUCUUCCUACCUCUUAGGCCUUUUCGCGCAGACCAAGCUUUCUCGACAAGCUCUCAAAAAGAUGCAGACGAGCAUCCAGUCAUUUGGUGCAGACCUAUUGUCCAAGGGAUCAUGGUUCGAUGUCCACACACUCAAAUGGGUUUCUGAAGCGCUUCUCAAGGCCGACUUGCUGAACGACCAAAAAGCCGCGAUUUUGAAGGAAUUCAUGCGCAACACGGAGGUCGCACAAGAAGUAGCCGAUGUGCUCAACAUGCGCCUUGCCUCGCUUGAGAGCUGGUCCUGGACCACGGAUGCUGACGGAAUUCCACUUGAAAUGCGCCGUCAACUGAAUGGAAAGUACCGCUUCUACAUGGAUGAAGAUCUCCUAGAUGCCCUCAUGCUACAGUACUUGGGGACAAAAUGGGCUGUGCAGUUGAGAAAGGUAUUCGUGGAGUUCUUGCAUUCCCGUGAAUGGAAGCCGUUGCGUGAUGAUGUCUCGGAAGAGUACGUCAACAAACGGAAAUUCAGUUUCGGUCGCCAUGGCAUCAUAACCAAGGAGAAGAUCAAUGAUUUGCGGCGUACUACCUACGAGAAGGAAUACUUCAUGAGUCAACUUCCCAUGUCGGAGCAGGAAGGUGCGCGGGAGUACGACGCCGAAGAUGAUGAUCAGGCCAAGAAUCCCCUGGACACAAAACACUCACUCCUCCACCUCCUGAUCACGGAGUCCGUUAUCCAUAAACACCAACAUGGUGGAUUUACUGCGCUUCGGUCGGACUUUGAAUGGUUCGGGCCCUCGAUGCCUCACGCUACCGUUUUGGCUGUUAUGAAGAUCUUUGGGUUCUCGGAAACCUGGCUCAAAUUCUUCAAGACCUUCCUGGAAGCCCCUCUCAAAUUCACACAGGAUGGCGCUGAAGGGGCGGUUCAAAUCCGCAAGCGCGGUCUCCCAAUGAGUCACACACUGGGCGACUGCUUUGGAGAAGUGGUUCUGUUCUGCAUGGAUUACGCGGUAAAUCAGCAUGCAGACGGGGCGUUCCUCUAUCGACUCCACGACGACUUCUGGUUCUGGGGCGCAGAGGACACUUGUGACAAGGCCUGGAAGGCGAUGGAGAAAUUCUCCCAAGUCAUGGGUCUCAAUUUCAACAAGGAGAAGACUGGAACAGUCCGCAUGGGAAAUUCGAAGGGUGAAAGAAGCUCAACUCUUCCACGUGGCGACAUCAGAUGGGGCUUCUUGGUUCUCGAUGCCGCACAAGAACGGUUUAUCAUUGACCAAACCGAGGUGGACAAGCAUAUCGAAGAGCUCUCGCGACAGCUCUCAUCCUGCAAGAGUGUGUUUGCCUGGGUUCAGGCUUGGAACACCUACUUUGGCCGGUUCUUCACCAACAACUUUGCCAAACCAGCCGUGUGCUUCGGGCGCGAUCACAUCGACAUGGCUAUUUCGACACUGAACCGCAUUGAGCGAACACUAUUCAACAAGGGCGAGGAUGCCGAAUCCAACAAGCAAGUCAGUGGUGUCGCCGAAUACCUUCGUGCUGUGAUUGGGGAGCGAUUCAGUAUCCAAAACCUUCCUGACGGCUUCUUCUACUACCCCGUCGAACUGGGUGGCCUGGGUCUUCUCAACCCGUUCAUCAGACUGCUUGCCAUGCGCGAGAACAUCAAGACAACACCUCGAAAGCUGCUCCAUAAAGCCACCCUGAAAGAAGAAGUGGAGUACGAGACCGCGAAAGAACAUUUCAAGAAGAACGGCGGUGCAGACUCAACAGGGUCUGGUGUUGACUAUGGACCCGGUGAUUUUAUGUCCUUCGAAGAGUACACCCGAUACCCUGAAACAUUCAGUGGUCCUCUGAGGGAUGUAUACAACCAACUUAAUGAGGUACCACAGGAGAAGAAGGUGCCCUUGACGCUCGGCUUCAGCAGGGAGCAAGAUUCUCUCGGUAAUGACGUCUCCCAAAAGGCUUCCAUCACGGAUAGCUGGGGAGGAAUGACACCUUAUUGGUGUUGGGUGGCGGAGUUGUAUUACGAAGAGAUGGUUCAAACUUACGGUAGCCUGGCGGCCGUUAACCGUGAGUUUAUGCCUCUUGGCGUGGUGAAGACCCUACGGGAGGGUCGAUUCAGAUGGCAAGGAUGA